AUGGCUGGCAGUAAAGCCAAUACAUUGAAAACACCAAUCAAUCCCAAAGGAUGUCGCCGCCUAGGACUGCCGCCAGGCCAAAGCAACCUGCACGAUGAAUUCGACUCAAAGUACAGCCAGGGUCAACCCAGCGAUCAAGAUGAUCAUGGCCGCCCGUCCUGGCGCGUAAAAGCACUGUUCAGCUACCCGCUCAAAUCCUGCGGGGCGGUCGAGCUCCAAGUCUCGAACGUCGUACAGACCGGGCUUGAAUUUGAUAGACAAUUCGUCUUUGCGGAAUAUAACAAUGACGAAUGGAACAUUCGCACCCUGCGUAAUGCAGGCUUCAACCGCCUAGCCUUAAUUCAUCCCGAGAUCUGGGUUCCUGACCCGUCUGCCCCAGAUUAUGACGCAGACCUGCCGGAAGUCAAGUCGCAGGGUGUGCUGUUGAUAUCGUAUCCACGAAUGCCACCAGCAGGAUGGAGGGGUCUAUCCAUCAAGGUGGGUAUGGCACUCAAGUUCCUCAAAAGCCAACAGACGUUCCAAGUCCCCCUGUUUCCACCUGCAGACUCCAAGUUCCCACUGGUCCCAGUCAAGAUCUGGAAAGACAAGCCUCUAGCCCAUGACUACGGCAGACUGCUUCCAGCAUCGUUACACGCCUAUCUAGGGUCGGACCCAUCAAAAAACACCCUGACCCUCUUCCGCGCCAGUGCACCCCAUUCACGGCAGAUCUUCCGUAACGCACCGCGCAAAGCAGACCUGGGCUUCCAGCCAAACACUGCCUUUGCAGAUGCGUAUCCAAUCCACCUGCUCAGCAUCUCCAGUCACCGGGACGUAGCAGCACGCUGUGCCUACGCAAUCCCACAACUGAGCAUCCGCCGCUUCCGUGCGAACAUCAUCGUCCAAGGCCCGUCUGCUUUUGAGGAAGAUUACUGGAAGCGGCUUACUAUUGGCGGCACGGAGAUCCACGCUUCUUGUCGGACUGUUCGGUGCCGACUUCCUAAUGUUGAUCCUCUUUCUGGGGAUAGACAUAAGGCUGAGCCGGAUCGAACGCUGAAAUCAUAUCGGCGGAUUGAUGAUGGCGAUCGGACUAAUGCGUGUUUGGGGAUGCAGCUUGUUCCUGCAAAGGCGGAGUUUGUGUUGAGGGUUGGAGAUUCCGUUAAGGUGCUUGAGACCGGGGAGCACCAAUACAUCAAGAUGUUGGCUCCUGGGGAGAAGGUUGAGGGCGUGUAA